GGAAGUACAGCAGCUCCACCACACCAAACUAGCAAACUAGCAAACUAGCAGCUGUUAGCACGUAACCCUGGAUUUCUAAUUGAAUAAGAUAUAGUUUUUUUUACCAUACAUGCUGCUUUAUUUAUAAGUUAGGUAGUUGCAGGGGAACAGUUAAAGGAUAUCAGGACAAUGUCGGACAAAAAGCGAAGACGUGAGAAGGAGGACAGACGAGACCAUAAGAGACGCAAGACAUCCAAACAUGAUCUGGAGAAACUCAAAACACAAACGACUAAACUCAACCAAGAAGUCCAGAAACUAAAACACGUCGAGACAUUCUAUGAAAUGCCACCACCUGGACUCAUAAAGGAGAAUGAUGAAAAACCAGAGGACUGCAUUCCUGCGGAACCAGGAAAUGAAGCAGCCAGGACCUUCCUGGCAAAAGCCCCCACUAGGGGGCUGUGGAUGCCUCUGGGGAAAGAAGUAAAAGUGAUGCAGUGCUGGAGAUGUAAGCGUUACGGUCACAGGACAGGAGACAAGGAGUGUCCUUUCUUCAUCAAAGGCAACCAGAAAUUGGAACAAUUUCGAGUAGCUCAUGAAGACCCAAUGUAUGACGUCAUUCGGGAAAACAAGCGGAAUGCAAAAGAAACCAGGAUCCAGCAGCUACAGCAGCUGCUUCAGGACACCACCUCCUCCUCUGACACAGACAGCUCAUCCUCCUCGUCCUCCUCCUCUGAUCACCAUCGCGGCAAGAAGCAGAAAAGCAGGAAGGACAAAAAGAAGAAGGACGCCAAGAAGAAAAAGAGAAAGAGCAAGCGAGAGCACAAGUCGUCCAAAGCCAGUGGCAGCUCGGAUACAGAUUAGGAGUGUGGAACGCGCGUGUGAAUUACGUGCUUUAAAAGUGGGAUGUUACUGUUAGUGAAGUAGUGGCAGAGGCACAUUUUUUACACACAGAGGGUGAAGUGUGUUCUGCAGAGUGCAUGAGUGUGAGCUGCCCCUUUGGAGCUGUACUUUUUCCUCAGCAGGCUUGAACUCCAAAGCUGCACAUAUCCACCGCGCAUGGCUUUCACCACCACGUCGCAUUCGCUUCAAGGCGACGACUCGCAGUGUCAGAACGCGUCAGCUGUGUUGGUAAUGAAUCUAAACUGUUAUGAAUUGAGCCCAUUAUGUAAGAUAAUAAUAAUAACAACCUCUGUUGGCUUUAAUAUAAUACAGUAGCAUGUCUGCAAAGAGAUUUUUAUUUUCCACCAAUUUUAUUUUUCUGCUUUUUCACUGGAAUCAGAUAAUUAUUUUCAACUGUAUGUUAAACACAGAGCAGAGCGGAUAAAGAAAAACCAAGCGACUACAGUCAGAAUUUUGCUUCCACUCAACCCAGAAUGUUUGAAUACUUGUGACUGGACAUAAAUAUUUGAAAUGA